AUGUCUUUCCAUGGUUUGUUAGACAAAGAAAAUGAACUCCAUGUAACAGCAGUGAGUUUGCAAACCUACCUCUACAUAGUAUAUAUCUACGUUUCCGCAUCCAAACUCUUCGGCUCCCUCUCCAUCACCAUCGUCGCAGACAAUGACUACUACUCCCAAACCGCGACCUCACAAGCACCGGGCGCCAACAGAGGAACGCGCUUCGCAGACUUUGGCGUCAAGCUGGAUGAAGCGCACAAGACCGGUCUAGGCUCAUCUGCCGCGCUCGUCGCAGCGCUCGUUUCCGCCAUCGUCAUCCACCGCACCGUACAACCAGAGGAACUACCUACAGUGCGAGAUAAGCUACAUAAUCUCGCCCAAGCCGCCCAUUGCGCCGCACAGGGGAAAGUCGGUUCGGGGUUCGACAUUGGCGCUGCCGUGUACGGCUCGUGUCUUUACCGACGUUUCUCCCCCGCUGUACUUGGAAGUUUGGGGGACGUCGGGACCCCGCAGUUCGAAGAACGGCUUUUCGCCGUCGUUGAAGACCUCAACACAAAGCACCCAUGGGAUACGGAGUGUGUUGACUUUGGCACCAAGCUGCCUCGGGGCAUGCAGAUGGUGCUAUGCGAUGUGGACUGCGGCUCGCAAACGCCAGGGAUGGUGAAACAAGUCCUCCAGUGGCGCGAGAAUAACCGGGAGGAGGCAGACGUGCUCUGGGCGGAGUUGCAGCAAAACAACGAUAGAUUGCGUCUGCUGCUGAAAGACCUACUGCACCGUAAUGCCCCUAAUAACAGCCACAGCCGUGCCGCGGCUGUCCACCGCCCUUCUUCAUCGUCAUCAUCGUCAUCCGCGGUCUCGCGGGGUCAUCAGCAUGCGAAUACCGCGAACAUCAACGACGUCGUCGACGAUGAUGACGACGGCGACGACGACAAUGACGGAAAUAGAUUCGACGGCGUCAGCAGACUCAUCUCCCGCUCUCGCGCGCUACUGCGCACCAUGACAGAGAAAAGCGGCGUGCCCAUCGAGCCAAAGGUGCAGACAGAGUUGCUGGAUAGGUUAUCUGCGGAGGUUGAAGGGGUGAUAGGCGGCGUUGUCCCCGGGGCUGGCGGGUAUGAUGCCGUUGCAUUGCUGGUGCGGGACGAUGCGGCGGUGGUAGAUAGGCUGCGCGCGUUCCUGCGGACGUGGAAGAGCUCCGUCGAGGAUGAUUUUGGCGGCAGGAUUGAGAGGGUGAGGUUGCUGGGCGUGGCGCAUGGUUCUGAAGGGUUGAGGAAUGAGAAUCCGGCGCAUUAUUUUGCGUGGAUGUCGUGA